GCUCUUCUCGUUUCAGUUUUCAUCAGUCGGCGGCUUCUUCUUCUUCUUUCUCUACUUUCUCUCUCUAAAUCAUUCUCCAAAAAUCCUCCCAGUUUACACCAUAAUUCAUCCAUCUAAAUUAAUUUUAAAGUAUUCUCACAUUCCCAAUUACUCUUUUUUUUUACACUUCAAUUUUCUCUCUCCUCUGUUUCUUGUUGUAUUCUUGGUGGACUUAAAAGUCCUCAAAAAGAGAGAGAAAAAUAAAGGUAAUUUAGUAAAAAAAAUUAAAGAAUUUAAUUUGAUGAAGAUGAAUUUACAUGCUACUUUUUACAUCUGGGUUAUAUUUUCCGGCGUUAUUUUACCGGCGACGGUAGUUAUUUGUGAUUUUCCGACGACCCUGAAUCUCCACCGAGCUAUACCUUUAAAAGAGCGAGUUGAACUGAGUCAACUCAGAGCUCAUGACCGAGCUCGACACGGCCGAGUUUUGCAGUCUGUCAAUGGUGUUGUUGAUUUCCCUGUUUCUGGUACCUUCAAUCCAUACCGUGUUGGGUUGUAUUACACAAAGGUGCAAUUAGGAAAUCCUGCACAAGAAUUCAAUGUGCAAAUUGAUACAGGAAGUGAUGUUUUGUGGGUUGGUUGCACUGGCUGCUCUGGCUGUCCUGGAACUACUGGACUUCAAGACAUUCAACUGAAUGCUUUCAACCCAUCGAGCUCAUCGUCAGCAUCAGUAAUCCCUUGCUCCGAUAAACGAUGUAGUAUGGGAGCUCAGUAUGCUGAUAGCCUUUGUGACAACUCCAACAAUUGUGCUUACCAGUUCCAGUAUGGUGAUGGUAGUGGAACUCAGGGUUACUAUGUAUCUGAUUUGCUGCAUCUUGAAACUAUUGUUGGGAAUACUCAAUCAUCUAACAAUACAGCUAAAGUCAUCUUUGGAUGUAGUGUUUCUCAAACUGGAGAUUUGACCAAGACAGAUAGAGCGGUUGAUGGAAUAUUUGGGUUUGGUCAGCAGGCAAUGUCUGUUGUCACGCAGUUGUCAUCGCAAGGAAUUGCACCAGCAGCGUUCUCUCACUGCUUGAGGGGAGAUGAUAAUGGUGGUGGAAUAUUGGUUCUUGGGAGUAUUGUGGAGCCCGGCAUAGUCUACACUCCCCUUGCACCAUCAAUGCCACACUACAAUUUAAAUCUGCAGAGCAUAUCUGUCAAUGGCCAAAAGCUGGCCAUUGAUUCUUCGGCAUUUGCUACAUCCACCAGCGCUGGAACGAUAAUUGAUUCAGGAACCACCUUGGCUUAUCUUGCUGAAGAAGCUUAUAAUCCUUUCGUUAAUGCGAUAUCUGCAGCUGUUUCCCAGUCUGUUCGUCCUUUAUUAUCAAGGGGAAACUCAUGCUAUCUGAUCACAUCCAGUGUUGAUGAUGUAUUCCCACAAGUUAACUUAAAUUUUGCUGGUGGUGCGUCCAUGGUUCUUAAACCUCAAGACUAUCUACUGGAGCAGAACUCUAUUGCUGGUGCUGCAGUUUGGUGCAUGGGUUUCCAGAAAAUUGAUGGGCAGGGGAUGACAAUCUUAGGCGAUCUUGUCCUGAAAGACAAAAUUGUUGUAUACGACUUGGCUAAUCAACGAAUUGGAUGGGUGAACUAUGAUUGUUCCCAGUCUGUAAAUGUCUCAACAAGUACGGGCUCUAAUUCAAAUACAUACGUGAACACAGGGCAGCUAAGUAACAGCAUCUCGUCAAGGAAUCCUCCUUUCAUGAAAAUACUAAUUGCUGCGUCGGUAAUGCUAGCCUCUCUAAUGUCUCUGUAACAUCCAAAGAUUGUGUUCAUACGGAUGUAGCAGUUUGCGAUUUGCCUCAAUUUGUUCUCCUCCCUCAUUUUUUUUCACAUUAUAUAGAUAGCCUAGUCAAUUUUCAUUUUCAUUUUCAUUUGUAGGGAAUGGCAGGGCUGAUUUUAGUUAUAGUCGUACAUUAGAGAGCUAGGUUUACCUUUCACGUUAUUUGAUCCCUGCAUUUUUUAAUAUAAAUUACACAAGUAUUAUAGGUAGUCCAUUUUUUGGCAUCCAAAGUGGAGGUUUUUAUAGGUUUGUACAUGAAAUUAAUGCGUGUAUUAUUAGUUCAGAGAAUUUGUUAAUAACAAUAGUAUGUUUAUACAAAUUGUAAUUGUGAUAUUGCUUCUA